AUMAAGCAGAAUCCAUUGUAUCACAGCCAUUCGAAAGCAGCAGCGGCACUCUUGGUAGCAGUUUCCAACCCCAGCCUCCUAGUAUCAUAUACUCUCCCGCAGUUCUGUUCUGUCCUUUGUUCCGUGCCAAGAAAUACAACUAUGCGCGACCAUUUCGAUCCCCUAUCGGUAGUCUACCAAAAUCAGCAUCACAAUCUCAAGCGUAUGUCACAGGGCCCCUGUCACCACACAAGCACUUCCGUCGUUCAGGAGCACUUCCACUCGGAGAAGCAGCCAAACGGAUUCGACGCCGGCGUUUCGUCUCAGGACGCGGCUCCCGCCGCUUUUGAGUUUCCCUCUUGGAAGAGCAACAUCUAUCCGCCCCAGAACGACGAGAGUGGCAACAUCCGCAGCAAUACACAUGCACACACACCGGGCACAAAGCGAACCAGCAGGAGCGAGAGAGAAGAGUUCCUGGACUGCAAUGUUUUGCAGUCCUCCCUGAAACGGGUCCGGCUGUCCCACUGCCCGGGGGAAUUCCGCCUCAAGCGGGACCUGAAAACCCUUGACCCAAGGCAGUGGAGCGCCUCGGACGAAUCAAAUGCCGUUGCCUUUUCAUCGAUCACCUGGAUCCACCGAUCGAGUGGGGCCCGCCUGGCCAUGGUGGACUCGCUGCGGAUAUGUCUUUUUCUUCCUGGAACAACCAUGCAUUCGAACRCGAACCAACAGCAACAGCAGUUCCAACACCACGCAUCGUACCACCGCGAUUACCGAUGGAGGAUCAUGGUCCAGCUCCCCCGCAUGUAUCCCCACCGUCCACCGGAGGUGACCCGCAUCGAGGGUCUUUCCCUAGAGUCGAUCGCCAUCCAGGAGCGCCCCCCGGGGGAACCAUGCGGCAAACACGCGCCAUUACAGGUGCACGAUCACCGGGACGAUCCCUCCUUUUUCACAGAAGAACAAUUGGCUAGAUCGUCCUCUCUGACCGGAACGGUGAACACGAAUGCAAAUACUAUCAAGAAUGCGAAUGAGAAUACCCGUGACGCAAGAAAAGCACUGGAGUGGAACGAGUGGUCGCCCGUUUCCGGGCUUGGGGAAUUACUGGACUUUUUGCUGGUUGCUGCGGCAUCCCAUCCAUCCACGGUGGUCUCCAAUGCCGCGGACAAGAGGAGGAUCUUUGGAACGGUGUCGUCGUCUGCGUCUUCCACCUGGGGCAACGGGCACGAUCCUGCCGGUGCCGACAACAACCAUGCCAGUCACAACAGGUCCAACCCCUCAGUGYUCUUUGGCGGAGGUAGCAGUAACCAUGCGGUGAUGAUGGAGGAAACCGAACCCAGCAAAGCAAGGGAAAGCGUCGGUGGCGCGUCCUUUUUGCUGCCCAACCGGUUCGACGUCGGGUACGGGAGGUACGGGUACGAAAAAUACAACCAGAAUCCGGCCUCCUUUGCGGGAGCARGCAGAGGCACGAGUGCGGACACAUCCACAAGGUCAAACACGAGCUUGGGCGCACGUCUUCCGGCGAACACCAUAGCAUACCGGGAUCACCACCACGACGAAGAUGCUGGCAUGGAACUCGGUUAAAACCAAAGCGAAGUAGGCAACGGUCAAUGCAAAGAGUGGAACAACAAUAAGGCAAGCGAGUAGCUCUUUGUUCAUUUCUUGGGAAGGGGGCGAGAUGGSGAUUGGAAUCAAAGCGAAUCAUUCGAAUCGAUCCCAACAUCAAACAGGGGCGGGAAAGUUCGGAACCACGGGAAGGGAAAUACAUAUUGCUAUCGAAUUGAAUAAUAGAGUAUUAUACUAGUG